AUGGUUUCUACUGAAGCUGCUCGAACUGCAGUUGGUAUAAUAGGAAACAUCAUCUGCCUCUUCUUCUAUUUAUCACCAGUGCCAACUUUUGUGCGCAUAUGGAAGAAAAGGUCAGUAGAGCAGUACAUAGCAUUCCCAUACCUUGCAGCCCUAAUAAACUGUUUGGCGUGGACCAUCUACGGGCUGCCCAUGGUGCAGCCUGGUAGCAUCCCGGUCCUAACUAUUAGCGCCGCCGGGGUCGCGGUCGAGUCUGUCUAUGUUGUGCUCUUCUUCAUCUUCUCCGAUAAGCGAAAAAGGCUCAAAGUGCUUCUAAUCUUGCUCGUUGGCCUCUCAUUCAAUGCUCUUCUUGGUUGUCUGGUUCUUACGUUAGUUCAUACACACAAGAAGAGGUCCAAGAUUGUCGGCAUCAUAUGUGCCUCCUUUAGUGUUCUCAUGAACUUUUCUCCAUUGGCAGUCAUGAAACUGGUGAUCACGACAAAAAGCGUGGAGUUUAUGCCAUUCUACCUGUCCUUUGCUUCCUUUGUCAAUAAUGCUGCCUGGGUUAUUUAUGCUCUUCUCCGCUUUGAUUCUUUUGUCCUUAUACCCAAUGGCCUAGGCUUACUGUUUGGGCUGACCCAGCUGAUUCUUCAUGCUGUGUACUCUAAGUCCACAAAGGAACUGAUGGCAGCGAGGAAGGGGCCGAAGGGCAAAGAAGUUGAUUUGUCAGAUGAUGUUGUGGCUGAAGAACCGCCCAAGAAGAUCAUAGGCAUCAUCACUCCUGAGAAUGGUCCUGAUUCUGAUAAUCAUUAA